UAUCAUACGCCAUUAAAGCGUGGAGUCAUGCUCAUAAGUACCAAGAACGCAUGCAGCUACAUCUUGCGAUCUUAGUACGGCGCAUGACAAAUGAUUACCAAUGGACAUUGGAUAGGAUCGCGAAUGAGUUACAACAUAUUGUACCUAGGCUGCGGCCUACACUCUUAAGACUCUUACUUAGAAAUGCGAGUUUUUUCAAAGUGGAUAUCGACUUUACUUUUGUCGGAGAUCGUGUGGCUCUCGGAUCUCUGGGCAAAGCGUGGCCACCUAAGCUUUUCUACCUGCUCCCUAACGAUAUAUCACUUCGUCUUUUCGAGCUUCUAAGGGGAAUCCAUCCAGAUGGAAAAUUCAUCGCUAAGGGUUCCGGCAUAACAAAAGGCGUAGAUUAUACCAAUUGUGAUGAUGAGCAGUACGGCGAUCCAGACAUGAUUUUAGCUCUGCUGCAAUCGAGGCAGCGUUAUAAUGAACCCUAUGGCAUGAUACGGCCCAUAGAGACAUAGGAUGUUCUUCAACGACGAAAAUGCAAAGCUGUAUCUAUGCAGAAUGGGGAGGAGAUGGCAAGAUGGAUCCACUCGGCUAUUCGAUUAUCUAUUGCAUCUGGAUCGUUAUUUCUAUGCGAAGAUACCGUGUUUUGGGCACGACAAUUCGAUGGAGGCUCCCCAUUCGCCCAAAAGCUGUUGUCAGUCAAUACUUUACUCUCCUGCGAGAGCCUGGAUAUUUUGAGUGGAAUAUAUCGGCCUUUACUCGCGCAUUCUCCUUCGUCAAGCCAACUCAGAGAGAACGUCGAACGGGCGGACCGAGUACUAAUGCAGUACGUAAACAUGCUUGUUUUAUGUUACGAAUCAACUUCAAUUUUCACGCAUGGCGAGUUAGAUGUAUCUCUACUGCCUUCAAACGUCAUUCAACGAAGACAGGAACGGCUACAUGCCUUCAAAAUGGGCAUACGACUAUCCGAUGAUGAAAUCUACAACUCAGUAUGGAAACCAAGUAUUUGUAUGCUACUAGAUGUCGAGCGCCUUCUACUCAAACUGGGAGACAGGUAUCCAUCUUUGAACAACGUCUGGGGCCCAUUAAGGCAUUUAUCUCUCCCAACUAACCCCGACCUCCACGUCCGCAAAUUCCUCGAUGUACUUGGAGAGUCACGAGAUAAGCUCUGGCGGGAAUAUCGAAUGGAGACGUACCCCAUAGUUAGAGGCCUUGAAGCGCCUUGGCCGAAAGGUCUCCCUAUUCAAGAUUUGGUACCGUGCAAGUUCUUAGCCUGGAAAGAUAUGCCUUACGUCGAAUCACGGGCCGAAGCAGUCUUAUUUGCACCAAGAAAAAUAAUGAGAUCUCUUAUACCGAUGGGAGCAGAAGAGCGAGCAGCCAUAGGACCGUUCGUAGACGAUUUUAUAUUCGCCUUACAUGUUUUCGUGUCGGCAGUGGACGAGGGCCCUGAACGAGAAAGCAGGAUCCUGCAAGCCUGGAACCACGCUGUAGCGAAUUUUACUGACGAGCGCAUGUCUAAGAAGCAUGCAGUAUGGUACUGGAGAUACUUUUUCUCUUUGGUUCGCAACAUCAAGUUACCACAUCUUAUAGCAUCACUAUUCCAAGUCUCCGAUCUCGAAUUAUCAGAACAUGAUCGCUCCGGAAUUACCAUCGAGUGGGGUCCAAACCUGAAGCAUGUGCAAUUUUCACGGAUGUCGACCAUGGUUGAACUCCCGGGGAAGCUCCCCAAAUCUUGUCUGGAUUGUAUGCUUAUGGUCCACAGAAUAGGGUCCUCCGAAAAUGUUCGCUCUCCUUUUGUAACCACUCAAGUUCCAAGUAUGUCGUCUAUAUGGGAUGUCUGGAGUUCUGGAGGUUCAAUUCCUUCAGGAGAAGCAGAUUGCAUGGUCGCAACUACGGUAGCAUUUUUGGAUGCGGUUUAUGGAUCGAAUCUCUCUUUGUUCGAACAGCCAUUCCCAUCUGAAAACGAUAAUCGCUUCCCUGACCUUCGCCUAGAUGAAAACUUCUUAAAAGAUGAAGGCAGCCUAGCCAAGACGAGCUCGGUGUUGCAGAUCUUGAAGCGCCUUGAGCCAUGCAUUCCUCUACUACUAUCUCAGGGGCUUGCGAGGUCAAUAUGGAAACGAUUAUAUGCCGGGGGAAAGAAGGAUUCAGAGAUACUGAAAGCUGCCGUGGGAGCUGCGAAGAUACUUUCACAAGGAGACAACCCGGAUGCCGCCAACGAGUUCAUAAUACGGGGUAUAUUGAAGUACCAAGACGACAAGUUAUAGCAUGAUUGUCUUCUUAAUACUUGUCUGCUUCGCCGUUUAUCCACAAAUGCGGUGCGGAAUUUACUCGACUGCUUCUGUUUCGCGAUCAUCAACAAACUUCGAAUGCAGCAACGUGCAAUAAAGU